GUCACAGAGCGGUGCGAGUGCGGAGCUUGAUAGGGAUCAAUUCAUAUGAAAGUUCCAUCUUCAUCUAAUAUGUUUCAACUUUCACAAUGUGGCUAUGGCGUUUUUGUGUUGGUGGUUUAUUUCUUUGUGUUGGCGGUUUAUAAAGCAUCCUCUUCCCCACCUGGGCAUGAACACUUCUGCACUCAAAUCUCCAGUCUUACACGGAUGUGUACUUUAAUUAUGGAGAUAAGUCAUAUCCAGCAGUGCAUCGAUUUAGACUCAAGACAGGUGUCAUUUUCAUUCACAUGGAACACAACCUGCGAAUUUCCUGACUUGUCGUCUGGAUUUUUAGAUUGCGCCAUCAACAUCACGCAGCCAUAUGUUGACAACUGCAAAGACAGACCUCUAAUACAAUGUGUGGAUCAAUGGGCCUUUAUUAAAAUGACAAAUCAGUCCACUACUAGUCAGGCAACUACUAUUAGAAUUGAAAAUAAAGUCACAACCAAAACCUCACACAUUGCGAGAGAAUGUGAUUCUGAAAACAUUGGACUGACUUAUGCAAAUAAUAACCGGACCUCUGUUGAUGCAUUUCUCAGAAAAUGUAAAAGAAAGGCAAAAACAAUAAUGACUGGUCGGCAGUUGCGUUUCAUAAAAAACAUAUUUCACAACAUUACCAAGCAGGGACCUCAGAAAGUGAUCCUAGACGGCAUCAAAGGUUCAGUGACAUCACAUCAGAAGAACAAUUUGCUAAACUUUAGAAUGUCUCUACCCUCCACCAAUAAUGCCACGAUGGAGAAGAUGGAUGACAUUUGGUUGGAGAUUCCUACUGAGGCCUUACGUGUUUUCCUGGGAGACACGGCAGAGGAAGUUAACCUGGGAGUAUUUUGGUUUGAGAAUGACAGCCUGUUCCCGGUGGAGGAGAACAACACUGAGCUCCUAAACAGUCGAGUGGUAUCCGUCGAUGUGGGAGAGGACAUCUCAGGCCUCAGCAACUAUUUUAAGAUCACGUUCCACUUCCAGAAUGCAUCAGUGGAAAACAAAUCACUAACAUGUGUGUUCUGGGAUCUUGAAAAUGAUACUGUUGCACAUUGGAAUUCCUCUGGAUGUGUCACUGAGACAAAGGAAAAUGAAACAGUGUGCUCUUGUAACCACCUUUCAUUCUUCGCUAUACUUAUGUCUCCGGUCAGUGGCUCCAGUGCCAGUCUGAGCUCCUCCUCUGUGUGGUUGCUGACGUUGUUGUCCAGGGUAGGCUGUGGAAUAUCCCUCUGUUUCCUGUGUCUGGCUCUCCUCAUCCACCUCAGAAGGGGAAAAUCUGAUGAUUCCCUGUGCAUCCACAUCCACCUGUGUGUGGCGCUGCUGUGCCUCAACCUAACCUUCCUCAUCAAUGACAGCCUAGCCUCUCUUGGUGUCCAUGGCCUGUGUGUUGCUACGGCAGCAGCCACCCACUACUCUCUGCUGUGCACCCUCACCUGGUUCUCCCUGGAAGGCUUCCACCUCUAUCUGCUCAUCAUCCGGGUCUUCAACAUCCACGUCAACAGAUACCUCCUCAAACUGGGCCUGGUAGGAUGGGGAAUACCUGGCAUAGUAGUUACCAUAAUUGUUGCUUGUGGCAAAUAUGGAGAAUACAGAAUAUACCAGCAAGACGGUGGUGCUAUUCAAAUGUGCUGGCUGACUGACUCUGCUCUGACCACGGUGUCCUUCUCAUACUUCGUGCUGACAUUCGCGGUGAACAUGCUGUGCUUUGGGUCUGUGACAGUGAAGGUGGUGAGGGCCCACCGUCAGAGUCCUGUCCUGAGGGAGAGGGGUAUGAACAGGGGGACAGUACUCAGUCUGCUGGGUCUGGCCUGGCUCCUGGGGGUCUCCUGGGGGGUCCUGCUCUUCCAGUUUGGCCCCCUGAGGGAGACAGCCUUCUACAUCUUCUGCACCAUCAACUCUCUCCAUGGCCUCUUCCUCUUUCUACGCUAUUGGGCUUUAACUCGGCCAGAGAAGGCAUCUAUCUCCAAGGCAACCACUGUAUCUUCUUGAACUGAGAUGCAACCAGCCUUAUAGGCCAGUCCCUUGACUAACACGGUUAAACCUUCUACUACUAAUACCACUGCUUCCAUUUUAUUACCACAGAAGCACAAUAUUUAGUAUGUUGGUUUAUAACUUUCACUAUAGGCAAACCUAGGUUUCCAGGUUUGCUCGUAAGCUUGCUGUGCUCAUAAUACUUUUUUUUACUUUUCAAAGUUGUGCUGUUUAUUGCACUUUGUGUUCAUAUUGUUGUAUUUUGUGACAUAUCUUCCAUGCAUAUUCAGUUUUGAUGUGUAUAGUCCAAGGCAAACAGGGAACACAUCUAUUAGGUUCAAAUGAUUUUCAUCUCUGAAAAUAAUCAAAUACGUUUGGAUAACCAAUCGAUCACUCACCGUCGUACACGAGGGUAAGGUGAUGUGGUCGACUGUGAAUUGGUGCCUUUCUGUUUCUUUGACUGUUAUCAAAAACCCUCUGAAAGAUAUGCCAUUUUUUAGUCCAUCUAACAUUUUGGAGAAUUUGAAUUCCCUUUUGGUUUUUGCAGAAUAGGUGUACAGUAUAUAACCUCCUAGCUUAUGGGCUACCUGAGAGAACAUUAGGCCUACAAGUAGAUAGUACCUUAGCAUAACACCAUAUUUGCAGGGAUAGGAAAUCAAUGUUUAGAAAUGAACAUUUUUAGAUUGUGUAAACCUUUUCUUUGUAUAAAAUAAUAAUUCCAUAAGAAUUUGAAAGGGGGAGAUGCCUCAGAAGCCUCUCUGGGGUUUUCUACCUCUUCUGCACAUGCUGUUUUUGUUCUCCUUUUACUUUGUGAUCAUAUUGUUUUGUAUUUUCUUGUGUGCCAUUUAAAAAAAA